UUCUUCACUUUCUUCUUGUACCCCUUCCCUUCUCUCUCCUAAUCUCUCUCUCUCUCGAUCUUCAUCUAUAUCUUUAUUACUUCAUAUCCACCACCAUAAGUUCAUCCUCAGAUCGAUCGGAGGUGCCAACAACAUAGGGGAUGGCGAGGGGAAAGAUCCAGAUCAAGAAGAUUGAGAACUCCACCAACAGGCAGGUGACGUAUUCCAAAAGAAGGAACGGAUUGUUCAAGAAAGCGAAUGAGCUGACGGUGUUAUGUGAUGCUAAAGUCUCCAUUAUCAUGGUCUCUUGCACUGAGAAGCUUCAUGAGUACAUAAGCCCUUCCAUUACGACGAAGCAGUUCUUUGAUCAGUAUCAGAAGGCGUCUGGAAUUGAUCUAUGGAACUCUCAUUAUGAGAAAAUGCAAGAGGAGCUGAGGCAGCUGAAAGAUGUGAACACAAAUCUAAGAAGGCAAAUCAGACAAAGGUUGGGGGAUUGCUUGGAGAAUGUAGGGUUUGAAGAAUUGCUUGAUCUUGAGAGGGAGUCACAGGAGGCUGUAUACAUCAUUCGCGAACGCAAGCUUAAAGUGAUUAGUAAUAAGUUGGAGACUUGCAAGAAGAAGGUGAGAAGUGCUCAAGACGUGUACAAAAAGCUAAUGCAUGAAUUUGAUAUAAGAGGAGAGGAUCCGCAAUACGGGAUGAUAGAAGAUGCUGGAGAGUAUGAAGCCUUGUAUGGAUACCCACCACAUAUCGCUGCUGCACCACGAAUCCUCACUCUGCGGCUGCAGCCUAAUCAUCCAAAUGAUCUUCAUGCUGCUGCAUCAGACCUAACCACCUAUGCAUUGCUUGGCUAGUACCAAACCUCUCCUAUGUAUUUUAAAGACUUUAAUUAGUUGUAUCCAAACAGUACCCCUCCACUUUUUCUGUAUUGUGACUGAUGAUGUGUGUGGUUAUUUCUUAACUAAUUGUUGGUGUUUGUAUUUAAA